GAACACCUUUUGACCCAACCUACAUGCUGAGCUGUGCUGUCUCCAAUGUCAUAUGCUCUGUCGUCUUUGGGAAACGAUAUGAUUAUAAAGACAAGAAAUUUCUGGCCCUGAUGAGCAACAUGAACAACAUCUUUGCACUGAUGAACUCCCACUGGGGACAGGAGAAAGAUCAUCCCAAUUCCAGUUUCCACAUGAAGAACCUUAUAACGUGCACCUUCGACUUGUUCUUCGCUGGAACUGAGACAACUAGCACCACCGUACGAUAUGGGCUUCUGCUUCUUCUCAAAUACCCAAAGAUACAAGAGAAAGUUCAAGAAGAGAUUGACCAGGUAGUAGGACGAUCACGAAAACCUUGCGUGGCUGACCGGCCCCAGAUGCCCUACACAGACGCAGUGGUCCAUGAAAUACAGCGCUUCAUCUCCCUCAUCCCCCUGGCUCUCCCUCACACCGUGGCCAAAGAUACCCCGUUCAGAGACUACAUCUAA